UUUUUUGUGAGUAUAAGCUUUGAGCAACAGUAUAGCUAUUUAUUUUCUAGAUUGUUAUUAAAUAUUUUAUUUAUGUCAACUCCAAAGAAAUUGCGUUAUAGGAGUGAUAAAAGUGAAGAUUCUGAUGAAAAUUUUGAAUCUAACGAAGAAGAUGAUAAAUUUGAGCCUGCGAUUGCUACAUCCAGUGGUCGUUUAGUUCGUCCAUCAUUGGGAAAUGCUUCUAAAACUGGAGGAAUAAACAAUGAAAUUAACAAUAAAGAAGGCAAUGAUGUUAAUGUUCAGGUUCCAAUGAAGCGUGUCAAAAACCAUGAGAGUGAUAAAGCAUGUGCACCAGAUUUUUCAAAAAUUGUCCGUUAUUUGACUGCUGUACAACAAACACACAAUAAUUCUUUAAAUCUUUUAAAUGAGGAGGAAGUAAAGAAUGUUCAAUCUGGUAGACAAACAUUGUCACAAUUUUGGCAAUCUAGAAUGAAAACAAUUUGUUCCACUUUUCAAAAUAAACCAGAAUUUUCUUGUUGGAAAAGAAUUGACGAGUUGAGUCCUUCUUUAACUCGAUGGCUGGACACACAUUCAAUUGGUUUGAUUAUUCAAGGUUCAGUCCCCAAUGGAAUUCAGUCUAUUGGGGAUGAUGAAAGUAUAGAAAAACCUGCUUCAAUUGAACGACAACCGUUGCCUUUUAGAUUGCCUAGAAAAAGAGGAAGACCUCGAAAGGAUGAUUUAUCAAGGACCAAUAGACUUUUGGCAACUCCAUUAACUGAACCAAUCGAGAGAAAUUCUUUAACUGUAAACGAGCAUUUACAAUCUUUGGUGUCUAAACAAAUAGAAGCAACUUCGUCAAUUAUUAAUCAAAUGAAAAGGGGUAAAGGACGUAGCACCAAUAAUUCGAUGUCUUCUGCCUUAAUUGAUGCGUCCAUGUCACUUCCAUCAACUUCAUUUGAUUCAACUAUUCAAAAAACACCUCAAACUCAAUUUAAAAACAAUAACGCAUUAAACCAAAAAUCACAACAAAAAUCUAAAUCAACAAAAAAUUCUUUUCAAAAAACAGUAAAAUUGGAGGUUGAAGAUUUCUCUCUCCCAACUGAAUUUACGCAUGGAAUUACUUUUCCUGUUUCAACAAAUACUCCACUUUUAUCUUCCAAUAAUGAUAGAGCAAAAAAUCCUAAAGCAAAAGGAGCAUCAAAAAGAUCUCAUUCAUCCAAAGAAAUACCCAGUACAACAACAAUAGAAGAAACUUUGUCUUCACCCGCAAUUACCGACAAACAAAAUCAACCUCAAAAAAUUCAAAAUGGUUCAAAAUCCUCACUUUUUAAAAAAAAAGAAGCAGGAAGAUCAAACUCAAAAUCUGACACAAAUGGGGGAGUUGAUUUACCUGUUCCUAAUGAAAAACAAAUUAAUAUCCCUAUUUUCUCUGGUCAAACAUUUUCUUUUGAUUAUGAUGUAUCACCAGCUGUACAACGAUUUGAAAGCGUUCAAGUUGUCGAUAUCUUCAAUAAUUUAUUGCCAUCAAAACCUUCUUCAACAAAACAAACAACUACAACAUACAAUUCUUUAAUACCUGGCCAAAAUGGUUUAGCUUCAGUCUAUCAAAACAGAAUUGAUCAUCAAAAACUUAAACAAAUAAAAUCUAAUCGACAAUUUGUCCAAACAUUAUUUUGUGGGGGGCCGAUUGCUGCUAUUGCUGUUUGUCCGCAAACUUUACCUGAUGGCAGAGAAUUGUUUGUAGUAGCAACAUUUGCUGAUGAAAAAUAUCUUGAUUGUACGCUCAUUGAAGACAGCUAUUCUUACCUUCAAAUAUGGACAACUAAUGCAAAAUUAACUUCUGAUACUCAAACAAACGAUUCAUCUCCAAAAUUGGCUUUUCUUCUCCGCAUUCCCAAUGCAAAACAAAUUUGUUCUGUUUCAUGGUGUCCAAAAUUAAUUAAAAAUGAAAUUAUUUCUAAUGGAAAAGAGAUGAAUUUUGAACAAUCUUUGGGACUUUUGGCUGUUGGUACAUUUAGUGGUCGCAUUCACAUUUACAGUUUUCCUUCUGAUUUGGAUUCUCUAAUAAAUUCCCAUCAAUGUUCCUCGUCUACUUCAACUGAAAAUAAAACUCCACUUAUUCUCGAAUCUGUCCCCCUUCUUACACUUUGUCACGCUCCUUUGCGAAAUAUUAAAAUGGAAGCGAAAGAAGAAGGAAAUGUCAAAAGGAAUAGUGGUUUGUUUUCUUUCAUUUUCUAGUUAUGCUUCCUAAGUUUUUUAAAUUCCUAUUUAUUGUGGUAAUGAGAAACGUUGUGUUGGUUAAGUGGUUUUGUUGUGUGUUUUGUUUUAACUGCCAGUGAUGAACCUGAACAUUUUGAUAGGAACUGC